AUGAAUGUGGGAACGGCACACAGUGAGGUGAAUCCCAACACCUGUGUCAUGAACAGCCGGGGCAUCUGGCUCUCCUUCGUCCUUGGAAUUGGCCUGCUACACGUUGUCCUCCUGAGCAUUCCCUUCUUCAGUGUCCCUGUGGUCUGGACUCUUACCAACAUCAUUCACAACAUGAGCAUGUACAUCUUCCUGCAUGCCGUGAAAGGAACCCCCUUUGGGACUCCAGACCAGGGGAAGGCUUGGCUACUCACGCACUGGGAGCAGAUGGACUAUGAGGUGCAGUUCACAGCAUCGCGCAAGUUCCUGACCAUCAUGCCCAUCAUUCUGUAUUUUCUAACCAGCUUUUACACAAAGUAUGACCGAAUACACUUCAUAAUCAACACCAUCUCCCUCAUGAGCGUCCUGAUCCCCAAACUGCCUCAGUUCCAUGGAGUCUGGAUCUUUGGAAUCAACAAGUACUGA